UAGGAUAAAUAGUAUCCAUUUCAAAGCAGUAAUAUCAAUAACCUUAGUGCAGUACUGAGAACGAUCAUUCGUUUCACCUUCUAAUAACCGACAUGCCGUUGGAAAAAAAUUGUGAACAAAACCAUGGCAUGGUUUCUUGAAUGGCAGUUCAAUGAAGAUGACGUUUUCCAGUAAGCAACUUUUGUAAUUUGUAUGCUCGUGCUGAUCCCGUAGAGGAGAUUCAGGUUCAUUUGCAUGGCUUCGUAUGCUUACAUCAUUAAAGGUGAAACCUUGGGAAUUGUGAACGAUCAGUUUUGUUUCAUCCAAACCUUGAAAACUGUGGAAGAGCCCGAUCGUGUUGUACAGUUGAUCAAUACAUACUGCACUGAUGUGGAAGCAAUCUUGUUGGAGCUAACAAGAUACAUGGAGCUUCCUGAAGUUAAUUUUUUAAACUUAGAAGCACUAGCACAUCAAAUAGAGGAGAAGAGCUUAUCAAUCGGUGCUGAGCAUAUGAGGCUCGCAUGUGCUGGUCUUAUUCAGGCUUGUCAUGAUAUGCAAAAGAGGAAUACUUUUCGUGAACUCAGUUGGAUGAAGAGUGAAUUUUCACGUACUCGAAGCAAAUUGCAUGUAUUUGUUCAGACGGAACGGAAGGUUUUGAGACUCGAGAAGAAGCAACAAAAAUGAAAAUCCUUAUACUUUCCCUCCCUGAGGUGUGUGCAAGCUCAUAUUCCAAAACCCCGUAUAGUUUCUAGACGAAGAGAUGAUGUUUUGAUAUCGAGCUUUAACUCGCGAAGUAUCUGCUGCUUUAUGCUGUUGGUUGCAUUUUUGCAGUCGCUUCCAUAUUAGUAAAUGCAUCUCUAUGAAAUCCUGCUUUUGUAUAUUAAUUGGUGAAUUAAUGCUAUAGGGAGACAUAUACAUCUGUUGUUAAACCGUUAUUGUAUGUUUGGUUCAUAGAAUUACCGAGAUGAAAUAUAAUAGUUAUUCCAUAUGGAAUAUUUCUGUCUUA